AUGCUCGCUACUCGUCUCCGUACUCCACUCGUCUCUCGCCUGCCUCCUCUGGCCAGGCCGUCGACUGUUGCCCGCCGCCUCUUCGCAGACCAACAGACCACGCCAAACACCCCCUUGCCGCAAACUGCUCCUCCUACCUCGCCCGCCGCUGUUCCCAAUACUCCUAUACCCACUCCCACCACUCAGCCUAGGCCCACUGCUUCCCCCGACGUUAUCCCCAUUCCGCGAGCCCAGCGCCCACCCAGGUUGCAGGAUGGCUACAGUGGCGCCUUUUACCUAUCCCUGCUAGGUGGCUUGCUCCUCGCAGCUCCCGUCAUCUCCUACUUUUACUGGGAACACCGCAAGACUCACAUGAGGGAGAAGAAGGAAGCCAUUCUUAGAGAAAUCCAUGCCAGAGUCGGCCGACCCUGA